AUGAGUUGCAGAUUGUUUGCCGGUGCUCUGUUGGCACUCUUUGUGCUGCUGGGGUGUUCUGGUCUUCCCACGGCCGUCACAGCAUUCCUUCCCGCUAUUUCAUGUACCGGUACCUCUCGCCAUCAUCCACAGUCUGCUAUAUUAUUUGCGGGUGCUGGCUUUGGUGCGAGCAACAGCAAGAAGAAAACCCCUGGCAGCAAGAAAAAGUCCAAAAAGAAAAAGCCCAAGACGGGUGGUGGUACUGGUGGUACUGGUACCACCUAUGUCAAGUCGGAACAAGAAGAUUUGAUCGCCCAGCUAGCCCAGCAGUCGGCCAAUACAUGCUUGGGAAGAGCCGUGGCCGAAACAGCACCUCAUGAUGAUCCCUUUUGGGAACUCAUGCCCUCAUUGAUCCAUUCCAGGUUUCCCAAUCUACACGAUGCUCAGUUGGAACGAGUUGCUGGAGUCGUCCGACAUGCUCUGGACAGAAAUUUACCGUUGGAAGACGAAAUUAUCCAAAAUCCGCAUCGACCACAAGACGAAAUUCACGCCUACAUGCCCGGGUUGGGAUCCACAAAACCGUUUCAUGAUCCCUCCACCGUGCCUCUCUGUCAAGAACUCAGUGACAAUUACGACACGAUUCUUCAGGAAUAUCACGCACUCAUGGACGAUAUGGAACACGGAUCCAAACAAGAUCGAUUCCAAUCCGUCACCAGCAUGAAUUACGAUAGUGGAUGGAAAACACUCGUAUUGUUCUACAAUGGACACAGAAUUGAAGGAUUCCCCUAUCAUUUGUGCCCCGUCACCACACAACUUUUAGAGUCGGUGCCAUUGGCAGGACGCAUUGCCGGAUUUAAUCGACAACAACCACAAACGGGAAUUCCCAUGCAUACCGAUGGCAACAAUAUGUGGUUGACUUGUCAAAUGGGCAUCCAAGUACCAGAUGAUCAAGCGGCGUACAUUCGAGUAGGUCCCGAAACACGACGAUGGGCCACGGGGGAAUGUCUGCUCUAUGAUACCACCUACGAACACGAAACCUUCAAUGAACAUGCCCAACAGGAACGGGUCGUACUGCAUGUCGACUUUUUCAAUACCAUUGCCAUGACACCAGAGGAAAUACAAGUUAUGCAAUACAUCUACAGUCUACGAGAAGAAUUCAUGAAAGCAGAAGGUGUAGCCAAAGUGGGAGCGCAGAUAUUGUAA